AAGUCAAAUAACGUGCUUGGUGGGGACCCUGCACUUAAAACAUCAAUAAUUUCACAUUAUAUUGAUUAUUCUUCGUUUCCAUCAUAUCUUAAUAUCUAUCUAUUCGACUUCUUGUUCUUGUCAUCUUGUGCACUUUUUUUUUUUUCCAAGGUUUCCUGGUUUUGCUGCAGCACCCAUGGCUAAAUCAGGUAUUGAGAGGUUGUUGGGUCCAUUUUCCUGGCAGAAAAAGGAAAGUUGCAAUUUUGAAGCUUUUUCCAAAUGGCAUCCUCUAAAGCUUAUUACAAUCUGGCUCCUCCUGCUUUCCAUAAGAACCAGUUACUCAUCCGUGAAGCCUGAUGUUGAAGGAGAAGCUUUGAUUGAGUUUCUCAAGGUUCUCAAUGAUUCCAGUGGUCAAAUAACGGAUUGGAAUGAUAAUUAUGUCAGUCCAUGCUCUAGCUGGUCUCAUGUCAUCUGUAGGAAUCAAAAUGUCAUAUCCUUGAACCUGGCUUCAAAUGGAUUUUCAGGAAAUCUUUCACCUUCGAUAAAGAAACUGAAGUUUCUGGUUAACUUGGAUUUACAAAACAAUGAUCUAUCUGGUUUGCUGCCUGAUUUUCUUGGUGAUAUGUUGCACCUAGAAACUCUGAAUCUUGCAAAUAAUAAAUUCAUUGGUUCUAUUCCAGAAAAUUGGGGUCAACUCUCCAAUUCAAAGCAUUUGGAUCUCUCAUCCAACAAUUUAAGUGGAAGAAUUCCAAGGCAAUUAUUUUUGGUUCCAACUUUCAGCUACACAGGAACAUAUCUUGCUUGUGGCUCAAGCUUGGAUCAACCUUGUGUUUCAACCACUACACUCCAUGUUUCAACCAACAGGUCUAAAAUUAGAAUUGUUGUAGCCUCCGCUAGUUGUGGUGCUCUCAUACUUCUAUCACUUGGGGCUCUGUUUGUGUCCCGGUACUAUCAAGUCCACAAACUUAGGCGUGAUGCUUUUGUUGAUGUUGCGGGUGAAGAUAACCUCAAAAGUUCCUUUGGCCAGCUUAGGCGAUUUUCAUGGCGUGAAAUCCAACUUGCAACUGACAAUUUCAAUGAGCGCAACAAAAUCGGACAGGGAGGGUUUGGAAAAGUUUAUAAAGGUGUCCUUUCUGACAACACAAAGGUCGCUGUGAAACGUCUUGCAGAUUAUUAUAGUCCAGGUGGAGAAGCUGCAUUCCAAAGGGAAGUUCAGCUCAUAAGCGUUGCUGUUCAUAAGAAUCUUCUACGGCUGAUUGGGUUCUGCACCACAUCAUCUGAAAGAAUUCUUGUUUAUCCUUUCAUGCAAAAUUUAAGUGUGGCAUAUCAGUUGAGAGAUUUAAAACCUGGAGAGAAAGGCUUGGACUGGCCGAUGAGAAAACGUGUAGCUUUUGGUGCAGCCCAUGGUUUGGAGUAUCUACAUGAGCACUGCAAUCCUAAGAUAAUACACCGUGAUUUAAAAGCUGCAAACAUCCUCUUAGAUGACAAUUUUGAAGCUGUUCUGGGAGAUUUUGGGCUAGCAAAGCUUGUUGAUACUAAAUUGACUCAUGUUACCACUCAAGUGCGUGGUACCAUGGGUCAUAUCGCCCCAGAAUAUUUGUCCACGGGAAAAUCUUCUGAAAAAACAGAUGUCUUUGGAUAUGGUAUAAUGCUUUUGGAACUUGUUACUGGUCAGCAUGCAAUAGAUUUUUCUCGUCUAGAAGAGGAAGAGGAUGUUCUUCUACUUGAUCAUAUUAAAAAGCUGCUGAGAGAAAAUAGGGUUGAUGACAUUGUUGAUGGAAACUUGAAGAUUUACGAUCCUAAAGAAGUCGAGACUAUUGUUCGAGUUGCACUACUCUGCACUCAGAGCUCACCCGAAGACCGCCCAACAAUGGCAGAAGUAGUGAAAAUGCUGGAUGGAAUUGGUCUGGCUGAGAGAUGGGCUGAAUGGGAGGAGCUUGAGCAAGCAAGGAACAGAGAAUUCACGCUUUUUGCUCACCAGUUUACUUGGGGUGGAGAUUCAAGUGUAGACCAAGAAGCUAUACAGUUGUCCAGAGCCAGAUAAUCCAACACAAUCAAUUUUGAUCUAAACUUUCAAACUCAAGCAGAUUUUGUAUAUUGAAUGUCGGAAACAAGAAUGAAACCAUAGUGCUAUACAAGUUUUAUCACAUAUAUAGUUAAUGGUUUUGUGUUAUCUACUGCUUGUGAAGUGGUACGUUAUGUAAAAUGCAAGUGAUUGUCAAAUCAAAAUUAGGUCAAGGAUUGUGGUCUAUUUUUGAGAGUACAGUAGGAUUCAUGAAUUGUGAUCUGGGAAAGAAUAAACUAAAAGUCCAACAUAGAAAUGAAUUAGAACAUAUACAUGGUGAGACAGUCCAACUUGAAACUUUAAUCAAAGAAAUCAAAGAA